CUUGUGGGGUUCAGUUUCUGAGAGUCUGCUACUUCCCAAGCUGGGCCAAUGUCCGAGACUCCGUCGCAGCCAGGUACGACAUCAAAGACGUGGAUCCGAACCUCUGCACUCAUCUGGUUUAUGCUUUCGGAAAACUGGACCGUGCUAGCAAACUGCUGACCGCCACAGAUGGUCAGCUGGAGGAGUCCAAGCCCGGCCACGCGGGGAGAUACCGAGAAUUCAACGAUCUCAAGAAAGUCAACAUCAAGCUGCGGACACUACUGUCCGUUGGUGGACAGAACGACCCAGGGGAAGGAUUUGAGACCAUCACGGAAAACACGGACAUUUUGGCCAGAUUUUCAACUUCCGCUGUCGAAUUUCUUAGAACCCGGGGCUUUGAUGGAUUGGAUAUUGAUUGGGAAUACCCGACCAAAUCUACCCGGAGUCGUUUGGUUUUAUUAUUACAGGCCUUGAGGAAAGCCUUUGAUGAAGAGAAAACCAAAGAGAAACUGAUCCUCAGUCUAGCUGGAGCCGCGGGCCAGUGGCAGAUCGAUGAGAGCUAUGAUGUGCCGAGCAUAGCAAGAUAUGUAGACUACGUGUCUCUGAUGACCUAUGACUAUACUGUGAGGACCAGUGUGGUUACGGCUUUCAACAGUCCACUCUUCUCCAGGAACAGCAUCCAGUUUAACCCCACCCUCAGUGUCAAUUGGACUGUCCACUACUGGCGGGACAAAGGCCUACCUUUCAGUAAAAUCCUGGUGGGGAUUACCGGUGUUGGCAGGAGACUAGUCCUGUCUUAUCCCAACGUGACCAGCGUGGGAUCUCCCGUCACUGGGGAGAUCAGACAGGGAGACUACUACCGUCUGGAGGCUGCCCUGGCCUACCCUGAGAUCUGCACAUUGUUGUCCAACCCAUUGACUCGGAGAGUGUUUGACACAGAGCAACAGUCGCCUUAUCUGUUCAAGGGAGAUGACUGGGUUGGGUAUGAAGAUCCUGAAAGCAUUGCUUUAAAGAUAAAGUGGAUGAUGGGUUUAGGGCUGGCUGGCGUGAUGUUCUGGUCGCUAGAUCAAGAUGACUUCAGUGGAAAGAUGUGUGGAGGGGGCAGGUACCCUCUCCUCAACGCCAUCAGGAAAUCCCUGGGGAUUGAACCCGUCCCACCUACAACCCAGAGACCCAACGAGCGGACAACAUCGGCCGGAAGCAGUCCCACACAUGAAGUCCAGCAUUAUCCACAUGUCCACCUAAUGUGGUUGUGUCUUUUACGUUUAUUGCUGUCAUUGGUGUAA